AUUAAUAAACACAAAGUGUGCCUCUGUUUUCCUAGAGACAGGCACAGAGCUGUCCUCAAAGUUGAGAGCAAACUGUGCCCACAGCUCUCCGGACUGUCACCUCCAAAUAAAAAGGCCAUGGAAAAUCAAACAUCAGCAGAGAAAGGGAAACAGAUGGCAUCUUCUGUGGACUCAAGCAUGGAACGUGUCUUUGUUGAGGACAUCACAGACAGCAGCCAUACUGACUCUGAAACAGAGACAAUCAUUCCCCUAGAUGAGUGCGCACCACAUCCCAUCAUAGAUAUGGACCAGGUGGUCAUGGACAGCUUGGGGCAGCUUUUUGAACACUGCAUCCAGCAAGUGUCCCAUCUAGAGAUGCAGAGGAAUGAGCUGAUCCAAGAGCUCCUCGGUCUGCAGGAACCAAUGCUGCGGGUCGUGGAGCACCUGAGAGGGAAGCUGGUGGAGACGCAGAGGCUGCUUACUCUGGCUCAGCUGGAUUAUGUUGCUGUUUAUGAAGAAGUGCAGCAGGUAAAGAGGAAACUGUUUACCACAGCCAGAGACUGCAUCCAGAGCCAGGUGACACUGGCGGCAAACGAGUAUGAGGUGGCUCAGUCUGCUGUUACACAGGAGGAGCUCAAAGCCCACAUCGAAAACCUGACCCAGGAGUUGUCCCAGCUCCAGGAGGCCUACCAGAACCAGCUAAACUCCCUGAGGGACAAGGCCACUAAGCCCUGCAGGCCCAGGGCCAUGAGUGACGUUAGCCAGUGUCGCCAGGCUUCAGUCAGACUGCAGCGGCGACUCAGCGGCAGCGUCAGAGCACUGGAGGGCUGGUACGAGCCUCGACUCGUGGCCCUGCUGAGGAGAAGACAGAUUGGCGAGGACGCUUUGAGAAAGAGCAGGGAGCAGGCAGUGGACCUGAAGGCCAGUCUGGGACCCCUGAGAGAGGACGUACAGAGACUGGAGAUGCAGAGAGCCUGUCUGGAGCAGAGGAUGAAUCUGAUGGAGAGGGAGAGGGACAAGAGUAUCACACAACACAAGGAGACUGUGGAGACAUUAAAAGAGACUCUGAGAGAACUGAAAGUGGAGUUUGAGAUUCAAAGAAAAUCUAAGAACAAUUUGGAGGAGCAUAAGGAACUCCUUUUAAAAGAGCUGAGAUAUCUGAGAGGCUGUGAUGAACCCAGUGAAACCUCUGCAGAGGAAGAUCCCUGAUUUUGUUUCCAGGGAUAUUCUUAAACUGACUAUCUGGACGAAACCAAACCACAGCACUGCAUUUAAAUUUGUCAAUAGUUCAUUAUUAUUAUUUAUUUGACAAAUUAGUCAAAUAAUUUGCUUCUACAGACUCAUUUACUUAUCAACUCUUAAUAUUUUAGAGGAAAUUACUUACGUACAAAUUACCUGGCAUACUGUGUCAAGAAAUAAAAACAGAUUUACUGUAAAUAUUUUAUUAUGAAUAUAUAUAAGUACACAAAAGAUCAAAUGCAGUACAGAAAAACAAACAGUGACAAGUGACACAACGUCAUACUACAGAUAUAAAGCAAAUACAAGAAAAACCUACAGUAUGUACAAUUUUUAUUAAAAAUGGAUUUCUGUAUAAGUGUUGCCGGCAAAACUAUUCGAGAUGAAAGAAGUAAAACCAUCAAAAAGCAAACCUGAAUAUUGAUGGACAUCUCUUCACAAGCCAGAGCUGAAUUCUGGGAGUUUGAAAAACUAAAAAGAUCUAAAAAUCUGAACAAUACAGACUUCAUUUAAAUACUUCAACAAUAUGAUGACAACACAGCAUUUUGUUCUUUAAUUGUCAAAAUCAAAAUCACUGCUGCCCAAAACGUGUAAAAAGACACCACAGAUUGUGCACCCAACACUGGAAAUGAAUUUUUAACAAGCAGGUCGAAUGAAGAGACGUGGAGACUCAUGCCUGGACCUCUGAAUCUGCAGCACCUUCUGGGUCCUCAUCGUUGUAGAUAUUUUCAGCCUGUAGAAGAAACAAUUUUAAAGUAUAUUCACUGUAACUGGUAUUCAAUGUUAAUAAAUGCAAUUCAAAACUCU